AUGGAACAAAAUAUGAAAAAAUGGACAAAACCACAAGUGUUGGCACACUGUAGCUUUUCAGGUUAUUUUGAAACAUCAACAUCUGGGAAUGAAUCUAGACUCCAGGGAAGAUUUCACAGAAAUGAUAGCUUUAUAAAUAUCCAGCUCUUCGAUAACAUUGACCUUAUAUGUCCGGAUUACAGUGACAGGAAACAAAGCCCUGAUAAAUGGGAAUACUACUCCAUAUACCUUGUAACAAAAAGGGAAUAUGAAUUGUGUUCAAUAUUCAAUCCCGAGUCGCCGAAUGUUACGAAAAUUAGGAACUGCUCUACACCAGGGGAGAUAAGUCAACCCUUCACGUUGCUGGUUUUACCCUUUCAGCCAAUCCCAUUUAUGCCCGACUUCACAGAGGGACAUAAAUACUACAUGAUUUCCACAUCGACAGGAACACCAUCUGGCAUAAAUAAUCAGGUUAACGGCUCCUGUAAGACAAGAAAUAUGCGUCUCAUUUUAGACCUCACCAAGAAACCUACCACAGCGUCACCAAUGCCACAUACGUCACAUACAUCACCAACCAAUCGAACGUCACCAUUUCAUUCGUCCACGCCGCGACCAACCACCACCACGAAGACUACAACUUCAACUACAACCACAAGACCACCAACAACCACCACCAAAAAACCAACAAGCAAAUUUCCUGACGGGACUCCAGUGGAUCCCAAUAUAGUGAUAGACGCUCCUGGUGGGGAUAAGAACUCUGGUAUCAUAAAUGCAGGUGUAGGGGCGGUGAGAGCCAGUGUUACCGUGACUUUGGUAUUAGCGCUUGUGACGUUUGUACUACUAAUACGAUAGUAUUAGGCUAAGCCCAAAAAAACAAAACUUUGACUGAACAUUUAUAGUGAUGUCACAAAGUCAAUAAAUAUACAUGGUAUGCUUGGCUGUCCCCUGGAUUUCAUAGUGUCAUGUCCUCAUCUUGUGACUGAAGUCACAACCCUCACAACGAAGGGCUCUACCUUCCAGGUAAAUGUCACAACCUUCGUUAUCACCAUUGCUUCAGUGUCAAAAGGUCAUUAAGAUAAUGCAUGGUGGAGCGAAAAUCAUGUUCUUUGUCGGCGAUGACAGAUUAGAAUAGUAGUGGAAACAAAAACUAUGAUGUCACCAUUGCUAUCCAUUCCACAUCCUGGAAGAAAAGAUUCCUGCUUGGAAUACCAAGCUGUUUUCGUCGCCUAGUGGGGUCGGUUUCCAACACCUGGGGAUUUCAUUGAGCAGCCGUUCUCUCAUCGCUGAAGGAUUUUGUUGUGCAGUCACGCAUGGCUGCCAUCUGUGUACAUAUCACCAUGGUUGCCAUGGCACAUAAAUGUGAGCAUCAUCAGGACUAGCCAAUCAAAUGUCACCAUUUUUAUAAGACUGAAGCAAUUGCAGUUUAAAAUGCAAUCAAUUCCCAAUAUCAUUGUAACAUUGUAAAGUUGACGACUGUUGUGAUCUUCAUUUCAUCAAGCCUUCAGACACCAGAUUAUUUUCAUUGAAUUCAUCAUGAAAUUAGCUUCAUGAAAUCAUCAUUGAAAUCAUGAAUUCAUCAUGGAAUUAGCUUCACAAAGUCAUCAUUGAACUGAAUUCAUAAAUUCACAACUGGAUUAUGAGAGUAUGAUAAAAUAGAAUCGUAGGACAUAUGUUCCCUCGUAUACCACCUGUGGAGUAAACUUUAUACAUGUGCAUGAUAAGCACAGUCAUCUCAUAUACAUUGAUUACGAAAGAACUCUCUUUAUUUUAGUUUUGUUCAUAUUCUGCUGUGAUUUUUUGUUGUGAUGAUCUGAGAAGUUUGUUUUAAACAGCAGAAUAAGUUUGUCUUCAGACUGUAGCAGCCGAAGAAAGAUGUUAGUCCCAAAACUUUUUUUGUGUUUUCUGAGCAUGAAGGGUAAUUAUCUACCCUUGGCUUAAUUUCAUAAAUGAAUUUAAAUCAGAUAACCUGUUAAUUAAUAGCUGUUGCGCUACAUUUUAUAUAUAUGAGUUAUAUGUUUAAGCUUUAGAAAAGUUCUAAACUGUACAUGUAAAAUUAAAAAAACAGACAUUUUAAAAGGAUUCAUUUAUCACAAGAACAUCCCCUGGUAUUAAGAAGGAGCAGGGGAGACAAGCCCAAAUACUUCACUACGAACUAAACUUGUCUACUAUUUGAUAUUGAUACAUUGAAAAAUGAUCUUGUUCAUAAGUCUGUGUAAACAACUGGAGAUGUAAAAACAUAUUUUAUUUAUUUAAUGAUCUGAUAUAUAUGUGUAUUGAAUUUGAUCUGUUGUUUUAAAAGUUUGACCAUGCAUUCCACGUUCCUCACAUCAAAUAACCGGAAAGGCUUACAAUUGUAAGGUGUUAGCCAUAUACCAUGUAUACAACUAACACCUGUACAGGUAAAUCAAAGCUGGUACUCAACACACAUUGCCUUUUCAAAAUCAUUUAAAGAUUACCUCGUCAAUUUCAUAAAAUGUAGAUUUUACAUUAUGAUUUAGUGUCAACUAAUGAAUAUUCGUAACAAUAAUUAUUCGUAAUGAUCAUCAAAUGUCAACUUGUGAAUAUUUAUGUAUAUAUUACAUAUAUAUGUAUAUAUUCCUUUUUACAGGUUCAGCAAAACAUAUCAUAUAUUGUAUGUUGUCAAAUGUUGGUUGUUUCACUAUUUUGAUGGACCAGAUUUAAAAAUAUUCAUAUGAAAUGCUGUGACUUGGAAAAAAUAAGAGUUUUGAAUUAGUAUGCACUUUUGAUAUCAAUGAUCUGAUGAAUAAGAGUGGAAAAGGAGUAAAACAUUGAACAAAUCACACAAGUCAUGGUAGCCUAUCUUUUACUAUUGAUAUUAAAUUUUCGAAACAAUGAGAUCUGACUAUUUUUCCAAUAGUUUUCUUAUUACAAAUUUGCCCUUUGUCAUAUAAAUAAUCAUAAAUAUUUUCGGAAAUUUUUUGAAAAUGUGUUAAUUUGAUUUUUAUUAAGUUAAAUUGCA